AAAAUGGAACCAGGCCUUGACUACUACAUCAAGGAUUUAGAUAAUAAUAUUUCGACAUUUAUUGAGUCCCCAAGAGUCUCUUUCGAUUCUAAAAUCAAGCAAAGAGCAUCUACUUCUGCUUCGAAGCAAAGAGUAAGGGACAAGGAUUUAAUUAGCAAAAAUAAAAAUGAGAAGAGGCUUAAGUAUUCCAAAAUGAAACAAAUCGAACUUAAAUAAAAGAACCAGAAUCAUCCUCAAAAGUAUGGAGAAAAUUAAUAAAAAUUUUAUCAAGAUUGACCGCCUUGGAGGUGGAUUUGGUACCUCCCAAGGGCUUAAGUGUCGCCCAAGAAAAGACCAAAUUAAAGAAAAACUGACUGUAGCUUGCAAAAAGUUUAAUCUUCCCAAGAAAAUUGAUGCUAAUGAUGUUCAUUACUGUCAGAACUCAAGAAUGCUGUCUUUAAAUUGCCAACUGAAAAAUCCGAAAAACCCACAAAAAUCAAAAUCUCCUAAAAUGAACAAAAGUAGUCGAUACAGAAAGAAGAAGGGGUCUAAAGAUGAGAACAUCCUGGCAACUUAUUUCACCAAUGAAUUGGCUGCUUCCCAUGAGAAUGAAAGUAUCAGUGGGCAUAGAUCCAAAUCAAAGAAUCGGCCAAAUACAUCUUUGAUCUACAGGAGUGCUUCAAGGAUGCACUCUCCAGGAAGAAUCAGAUCUUCCAUCAGUAGGGGAUACGAGACUGAAAGGAAGAAAAAGAAGAGAAUAAAAUCUGCAGUCAAAUUUAAUGAUUCUGAAAGCUGUUACUCUGUGAGGGUAGAAAAGACUCCAGAUGACCUCAAUUCUCAAAAUACUGCCUAUUAUAAUGACUUUAUGGAAUCCAAGACCAAAGCUAAUAAGCUCCUAAGAUUACAAGCCAGUAGGAGCAGCAUGCCAGGGCAUGGAAUAAAGGUUACAAAGAAGAGAUGGGAUUCUUCUUGGAAAAAGAAAAUAGAUAUCACAGAGACUAAGCUCUUCACUGAUAAAUCUAUCGUCAAUGUCAUUUCAGACCCAAUCAUCUAUAACAGUGACUCUUCAGUGUAUGAUGCUGAGGGGAAAUCAAUUUUGAAGAGACUUCGCCCCAAAAAGUUAAGAAAAAGAGCUAACAGAAUGGGCAACCAUUCCAAAAUGAGCUUGAAGCGGGGAAAAUACUGAGCUAAUGAGAUCAUGAUCAACCUGAAUAUCUAGGUAUGCCAAUGCUCUCAACUUUUCCAACGGAGAUAUU